CGUCGUCAUGACGAUGCUGUAAACAGAAGCUACAGGAUGUGAAUCAUAAUCUGUAAAUAUCUCUAUUCAUCAAUAAUCUGAUAUGUCUUAUUGUCUGAGAUCGGUCCAGAGGAAACGACGUCUACGAUGAGAUUGAUGUGCAUCAAACACACGGGACGUAUUUAUCUUCUGUUCUGAAGCAUUUCAGGAUUCUUUGAGUGUCUCUUAAACAUCUGGACAUGUGAACAUCUGCUUCUCUCAGUGGAUCUGAAGUGCCGGUUCCAUCAUGGAGCGACGGUAAUCAAUAACAGAUCUCGGUGGAUUCUACCGCUCAGACAUGUCUCCUGUCUGGGACUAGACGUCCGGCGUCCUUAGACUCUGAUCUUCCCCCCUCGGUGGCUACGCCCACCUCUCAGGGAGAUGGCGGCGGCCAUCGCCAGCUCCCUGAUCCGACAGAGGCGGCAGGCCCGCGAGACCAACAGCGACAAGGUCGCCACCAACAAGAGACGCACGAGUCCCACUAAAGACCCGCGGUCUCUGUGUGAGAGACACAUCUUCAGCGUCUUCAGCAAAGUUCGCUUCUGCAGCGGAAAGAAAAGACCCGUACGGCGGAAACCAGAGCCGCAGCUGAAGGGCAUCGUGACGCGUCUCUUCAGUGAACAGGGUUUCUUCCUGCAGAUGCAGCCUGAUGGAGCCAUCAGUGGAAACAAGGAUGAGAACAGCGACUACACCCUGUUUAACCUGAUCCCGGUAGGUUUGCGGGUGGUGGCCAUGCAGGGAGUGAAGGCUGGACUGUACGUGGCGAUGAACGCAGAGGGAUACCUCUACACAUCAGAUGUGUUCACAGCAGAGUGUAAGUUCAAGGAGUCGGUGUUUGAGAACUACUACGUCAUCUACUCGUCCACGCUGUACCGGCAGCACGAGUCGGGCCGGGCCUGGUUCCUGGGCCUCAACAAGGACGGAGUCAUCAUGAAGGGGAACCGGGUGAAGAAGACCAAACCCUGCUCACACUUCGUCCCCAGACCCAUCGAAGUGUGUAUGUAUAAGGAGCCAUCGCUGCACGAGCUCGAGGAGAAGCUGCUGAAGUCAUCGCGGAGCCCGACGAUGAACGGCGAGGAGGAGCGGCGAGGCCUGGAGCAGCAGGAGGAGCAACAGGAGGAGGAGGACUGCACAGAGCAGGACGGAUCAUAGCCUGCAGAGCCCCCCCGCAGGAGGAGGAAGAGGAGGAUGAGGAGGAGGCGAACUCCCAUUUUAACACUCCCUCUGUUCAGCAACUACAACCACACCAACGACAACAACCGCCGCCACGACGACGACGGCGACGACAACGAAAACAAAGAAAAAAAAAGAUGCUAAAAAAAAAAAAAAAAAA